GUUGGAGGCGAUUGGAGAGGCUGCACUGGAGGCUGGCACCAGCGACUGCGAGCUCUCCUGGCUUCACGUGCGCGCCUCGCUCGAGGACUGCUGGGUUGAAAUGGGCCAGGGAGCUUUUCGAGGCUCAAGCAGUUGGCUUGGGCCGGGGGGCAGGGUCACGCCGGUAG